GGGCCCGGUGGUGGUGGGGGGGGACACCGGACGGGGCCUCGCUGCUCCAUGUGGGUCCCGUCCUAAGGGAAAUAUGAUCAGCGCCCCCGAUGUGGUGGCGUUCACCCGGGAGGAGGAGCUGCAGGAUGAGCUGUACCGAGAGCCCCCGCUGCCCGAGGAGUACUCGGUGCCGCUGUUCCCCUUCGCCGGCCACGGAGCCAACCCCUGGGCCAAGGUCGCCAACUCCAAGUUCAGCCGGGAUUUCAUCCUCAUCUCCGAGUUCUCGGAGCAGGUGGGGCCUCAGCCGCUCCUGACCAUCCCCGAUGAUGCCAGAGUGUCAGGGACCUUCGAUCUCAAUUACUUCUCCCUGCGGAUCAUGUCUGUGGAUUAUCAGGCCUCCUUCGUGGGGCAUCCUCCCGGCUCGGCCUACCCGAAGCUGAACUUCGUGGAGGAUUCCAAAGUGGUGCUCGGGGACUCGAAGGAAGGAGCCUUUGCCUACGUGCACCACUUGACUCUCUAUGACCUGGAAGCCAGGGGGUUCGUGAGGCCCUUCUGCAUGGCUUACAUCUCUGCCGAUGAGCACAAGAUCAUGCAGCAGUUCCAGGAGCUCUCUGCUGAGUUUUCCAAAGCUUCUGAAUGCUUAAAGACAGGGAACAGGAAAGCUUUUGCUAAUGAACUGGAAAAGAAGCUGAGAGAUCUCGACUACACCAGGACUGUGCUGCACAAUGAAACUGAGCUGCAGAAGAAAGCCAAUGACAAAGGGUAUUACACGACCCAAGCCAUUGAGAAAGCCAACGAGCUGGCCAGUGUGGAGAAGUCCAUCAUCGAGCACCAGGACCUGCUGAAACAAAUCAGGUCCUAUCCCUACAGGAAGCUGAAGGAAUCCGACUUCCACCCCUACGAGCCGGAGUGUGCGCUGCUGGAUGAGGCCAAUGCGGGCUGCGAGCGGGACCCCACUACCUCCGACCCUGCUGAAACUCCCCUUUACACCCAUGUGCCGUCCUAUACCCCCAAGCUUAUCAAAGCCAAGUCUGCCAAAUGCUUUGACAAGAAGCUGAAGACGCUGGAGGAGCUCUGUGAUGUGUAUUUUUUCACCCAAACCCUUGACCAGCUGCACCAGAUCGAGAGGACUUUCAGAGGAGAUGUGUGCUACCUCCUGACAGAGCAGAUCAGCAGGGCACUGCUAAAGCAACAGACCAUAACUAACUUCCUCUUUGAGGAUGUGUCUUGUCUGGAUGAAAAACCACCUGAGAAACAAGGCAGAGGUUGCCAGGGACACAGUCAUGAUGCUAGAGAUGGGAAGUGUUCGGAAGAGUUCCUUGCUCCAACGGUGGUCAUCAGCUUGGGAUCCUACAAGUCCAGCGUGGAGUGUGUGCCCAUCAAGAUGGAGCAGGACAUUGAGGACACCCAAGAGCCCCAAAUGAGCGAGUCUGUGACGUUUGAGCACCAGGAGAACCUGGAUUACCUGGAUGCAGAUCUCAAAGGCAGCAUCAGCAGCGGUGAGAGCAUCGAGGUUCUGGGAACGGAGAAGUCUGCCUCUGGCUUGCCCAAGUCGGAGAGCCAGGCCAGCCUGCCCGUCAGCCCCAGCCCUCAGGUGGGCAGGAGCAAGGUGGGCAGCAGGAGGACCGUCAGUGAGGACAGCAUCGAGGUCCUCAGCACGUGUCCUUCCGAGUCGCUCAUCCCAGAGGACUUCAAAGCGAGUUACCCAAGUGCCAUUAACGAGGAGCCCUAUGUGGGUGAUGAAGAGGGAGGCCUCCGCUUCACCCCCAGGCUGAACCUGGAUGAUGCUGACGAGCAGGAAGAUGUUUCAAACCAGGAGAACUUAGUGCAGGUGGAUUCUGCUUGUUGCAUCGGGAAGGAGAGCCCCAACUUCCUGGAGCCUGAGCUGGGCCACAAGCCCUGCGAUGAGGAUGGGGUGGUCAGGAUCCCACCGCAGCCAUACCGGGCAUCCGAGCCGGGGCUGCAUGGGACCUUUGGGAGCUUCCCCUCCCACGAUGGCAUCGCUGGGGGGCUCCUGCCCUACGAGCUUGACUCUCGCUACCUGGGGGGCAGCAGGGAGGUCAGCAAGAGCAGCCUGGAUGAGUGCUCGGACUCCACGAGCUAUAUGAGCAGCGCUGCCUCCACGUGCUCCGACAGGACCCCUUCUCCAGCUCACCCUGCCUGCCACGGGGCCGACAGGCACAAGAAGAAGGCUGGGCAGAAUGCACUGAGGUUCAUCAGGCAAUACCCCUUUGCCCACCCUGCCAUCUACUCCCUGCUCAGUGGCAGGACCCUCAUCGUGCUGGGGGAGGAGGAAGCCAUCGUCAAGAAGCUCGUGACAGCCCUCUCCAUCUUCGUGCCCAACUGCGGCCUCUAUGGCAAGCCCGUGAAGCACUGGCUCACAUCCCCUCUGCACGUCGUGGAUUUCCAGAAGUGGAAGCUCAUCGGGCUCCAGAGGACAGUGUCUCCUGCAGGGGUGAACGUGCUGCACACCCUGAGCCGCUACAGCCGCUACAUCAGCAUCCUGGAUGCUGACAGUAAGACUCUGCGCUGCCCUCUGUACAAAGGCUCCGUGGUGUCCCGGCUGGCCGACCACCGCACGCAGAUCAAGCGAGGAAGCACCUACUAUAUGCACGUCCAAAGCAUCCUCACCCAGCUGUGCUCAAAAGCCUUUCUCUUCACCUUCUGCCACCACCUGCACCUUCCCAUCAGCGAAAGGGAACCCGAGGAGUCCGUUGUGAGUCGCAGGAUGAACUUCCUGAAGCUGCAGCUGGGGCUGGUCAAUGAAGACGUGAAGAUCGUGCAGUACCUGGCAGAGCUGCUGAAGCUGCAGUACCUUCAGGAGCCUGGGCAGGGGGUGAGCCCUCUGCUCCGCUUUGACUACGUGCCCAGCUUUUUGUACAAGAUCUAGCCUCCUGGGGCUGUCUGCACUGGGGUCUGAUGGAGCUCAUCCCUGCUUCACAUCGCUGUCUGCAGUAGCUCUCAUCCAUCGGGAAGGGUGAAGAAGCUGAUGUGUUUGUGAGCGUCUCUGCUCCACAGAAAUCCAUGUUUCAGGGACUGGAUUUCUGUUCCCUAUAGCCAAGAACGUAGAUGUUCCAUCACCUAAACCACCGGGCACUCUGUUUGUACAUGUUAGAAGGGGCACUGUUAACUUUGCAUGGCAGCAUCCCAGGGGGGAAUAGGGCAUGGAGAGAGGUGGGCUGUGUCGGGGAUCAAUACUAGUGCACAGCCCUCAAACAGCAGUGCUCUGUAUGCUUCUGCCACAUCCCCAAAUGCUCUUGGUCCCUUCCAUGGAGACGUGAAGGUUUUAAUCCACCAGUGUCUCAUGCGAGUGUAGCUCAGAAGCUCCCUGGUAAGGUAGCAGCUUGCAGUUACCCAUCCUUCCUGUGCUUAUCCAAGUUCCCUGGUGCUUCCUGGGACAGGUUGUCCCUGGGUGGGUGGGAGCACAGUGGAAGCACAUGUGCUUCCCUCCAGGAAGUGUUUUCCAGUCUCUCUCAGCUUUGUUAGGAUCCGGAACGUGGAAGGCUUCACCCGCUGCCAUGAAGGUAGAGUGCUGUGCCUUGUAACUUGUCAUGUCCUGUUUGCACCUCUGAGAAGGGUGGGAAAGGGUUAGGGUUAGGGUGCUCUGAAUCCUCAGAGCACAUGAGGUUGAGGGAGGCCUUUUAAGGAGAGAGAAAGGGGCUGAAAUGAGUGGGGGGAGCCUCAUUUUUAGGUGCUUUCUGUGAUGGGGAGAUGGAACAGUGCAAUGAAGUGAUGCUGUGAGGCAGCUGGAUGGUAGAGCAGCUGCUUGGCUGGUGAGAUAGGAGUGCUCAGGAGAGAUCAGGGAUGGAUGUACUAGGUACCUGUAAUAGCUUCUUUUGCUUGGGGUUAUUUCUGGCAUGGAGCUGACUUCUGUGCUGUGGGGCACAGCAGGGUCAGUGUCACCAUGUGCUGCUUCUGGCCUUCAUCCUGUCCCCAUUGCCUCUCCUAGGGCGCUCCUGGGUAGCUCUGGAUGGGGCAGGACUGCUCUCUGAGCCUGGAUGCAGAGGACUUUUCCUUUCAAAGCUUCUGUGCUGCUGUCUGUGCCAUUAAGGUUGUGCCUAAGGUGGUGACAGCCCCACAUUGUUCUGUCAGUGUCAGGGGCACAGCGCUUCCAUAUGGAGUCCCAGAUGAGAUGCUGCUCCUUGGCCACUCGUACCAGGCUGUGGUCUGCUCUGCCCGGUGCUGUGUGGCCAGAGCAGCCCCUGUGGUCCUCCUGAGCAAGAAAAGCCUUGCUAAGGAAGGUUUAGCCUUGGUUUUAUUUGUGUUUUAGCACUGAUUAUGGGGGCAGAAGAGCUGCGAUGGUACAAAAUGAGCUGAUGUUGUUUGCUUUGGGUUACUUCUUGCUUUAAACCUCUGUUUCUGUGAUGCUGUGAGGCAGUGCAGGAGGUGACGGUGAUGCCCCUUCCGAGCCCAGGGAAGGUUCUGUGUGCAGACGUGUCUCAGACCCACUGAUAACUGCUGUGAGAACCACAUCACUCCAAAACCAGUGUCCUAAAGGCACGGAGGCUCUUUGGGCACCAGCAUCUGCAGCUCAGCACCGCUGCUGCCUCUCUCUUCUUUACAUUCAAGGCUGGUUUAAACAUCAGUGUUGUUUCUGGUGGUGCACAGCGAGGUUGUGGCCCUCUCCAGAGGGAUUUCCAAGGUCAGGGAUUGCGGGUUGAGGUCCCAGAGGGGAAGCAGCGUGGCUGAAGGUGAGCAGGGUGUUUGUCCCAGGGCUGACUGCCUUUAAAGCACGUUUAAAGGCCUCUUCCUGUCUGGAUUGUGCCCUUGUGUCAUGCAUGAGCUGGGCCUGCUGUGAAAGACUUCUGUGUCCAUCAGAAGGGUGAUGUGAGGUGUCCCCUGCUCCAUUUGUGUGCACCCAAACGUGGAAGCUGAGGCGAGAUUCCCCAGGGAAAGAGGCAUCCUGGUAGAUGAGUAAUGCAGGUGACACGAGGGAGUCAAAAGCUCCUGCAUCCCUCCUGGAAUGUGGCUCUGGAGGAGGGCUCAGUGUGGGAGCUGCUUUCCUGCUGACUCACUGCUGUCUCCCUCCAGGCUGAUGGGUGAGCUCUUGCUCACAGUGGUCUCGACCCCUGGUGUUCAGCUGCACUCAUGAUGGGUAAAGACCUCAUUGUUCCCUCUGUCAAAGCUGAUGUUCAAGGCUGUGUUGAGCAAUACUUGCACCACCACCGGCCUGACCUGCUUCAUCUCUGUGCCACAUCUCUGGUCGGGGAGGAUGCCCUGGGUACCAGUGUCAGAACAGGAGCUCUGCACUAUCUGCAGCUCUGCUCUCAAGCAGGAGCUGUGGGGGAACACCUUGGGGUGGUUGAUCUCAGUCUGCCUUACAGCAGCAGGAACUGGGGGAAGCCCGAGUGCUUUGGGUGGUUUGGGAGCUCAGUUCCUCUUCACUCAGUAGUUUCUCUGUCUGACCCCUGCUCCUGCACAGAGCAGAUCCCUGUCCUGGCACUUUAAGACAUCCCUCAUCUUCACUGUGGUACCUCACUAGUUUCCCAUAGAAACAGACUCCCACUCCUUGCACUGACAGCUCCCGCAGGGAAUCCUGACCUCUGUGUGUGUGUGCACGUUCCUCCCAGUGCAAUACUGCCCAGCCCUCCCUCAGCUCUGCAUGGCCCUCUGCAUGUUCCCAUCUCCUGCAUGGCAGCUCCAGCUGCCUCCUCUCGCUGCUGGCUGGCAGGGAGGGGAGGCACUGAGCCUGAUGGAGCUGCCCUGUGCUAUCCCCUAUACUUGGGAUGCUCCUGUCCGUCCCCUGCUCUGCUCUAGCCCAGAGCUGCCUGCAGAUCCCACCCCAAGGAGGGUCAGCCAUAGGAGUAGGUGAUCUCAACCCUACACAGCACUCACUCCUCAGAGAACAGUGCUUGGAUUUACUUCCAUCCCAUAGCAAUCACUUCUGAGCAGCUCCUAAAAGCUGCCUUGCCUUGACUAGGGGAAGUCCUGCCUAUACUCUAGCAAUAUUCACUGCGUUGUACGGGGUAGGAGAGGUGUUUGAAGGUGGCAGUUGGUGGUUCCAUGUGCCCAGGCCAGUUGGUUGGGUUCUAUUGAGCAUGGGGGGGGCCAGAGCCCCCCAUUCCAGUGAUGGGUGACAGCCCACACGGUGGAUUUGGUGUCUUGGCAUUACAAAGGUUCCUGAAUAAGGUGUGAUGGGGAAUUCAAGGCUGCUGAGGGGGAGAGUGCCCCAGGAGCACAAUAGCCAAGCAGCACAAUGUACCCCCAUAAUGGAGGGGUCCCUGGGAUGUGUUUUAACUGGAAGGCAGAAACAGGGUACCCGGUCCCAGCACGGGGAUGGGGCCGGGCUCAGAGCCGCCUCGGAGGGCUCACGAGGAGGCUGUGCUGACUCCUCUCAUCUCAUUUGAAAGCACUGUAUCCUAUUCCCUGCAUGUGGAGUUCAGUGUGUGUGCGCGUGUGCCUGUGCGUGCUGAGUGCUUGUGGCCAUAGCUGGAGCGAGUGCGAGCGGGAGGAAUCCAAGCAGCAUGUGUCAGUGUCGUGGCUGGAAGGGUGUUAAACCCCUUAAAGGGUUUACCAAGAUGUCGACACCAAAUGAAGGCGUCUGAGAAAUGGACUUUUAAGGAAAAAAAAUGAAAAAAAAAGAAAAAUUAUUUAUUUGGGUUCAGAUAUUUUUGAAAUACAAAAGAAAAAACCAAACGCAACAAAGCAAUCGCCUGUGGUUUUUAAAGCUCCUACUCCUGGUCCUGGGGUGUGGGUCCAUUCCUCGUUUGAGCCUGCUCAUUAAAAAGUGGUUCUAACCUCAA